GAUUAGCGAGCUCACGGUUAGCGCGAUGAUUUGGUUUUGGAUGUGUCAUUUGAUCUUGGAUGUAGUAAGCGACGUACGAAGAAUGGGCCCCAGAACUUUGUGCCAUCCGAAACUGAAUUUGAAUAAGUUAAAUUUGAAUUUGAAUUGCUCAGAUUGAAUCUGAAUUGUAACUUGAGUAAAUGCUUUUUAAAACUGAAUUUGAAUUAGCCUAAUUUGAAAUUCAAUUUAUUGGUUUAAAAAUGAUCAUCACUAAAUUGAAACUGAAUUUUACAUUAUGAAAUUGAAUUAAUUUGAAAUUGUAUUCCAUCCUUCUUUACAUUUAAUUAUGCUUUCAGUUUCACUUCUCACCAUUCAAUUUCAGUUCUUAAAUUCAGUGUUUUGGGUCAAACAUUCGGUAGUGAUGGGAUUUCCGGCUCGUUUUAGAGAACCGGCUCUUUUGGCCCAGCUCACUAAAAAGAGCCGGGGUUUUUUUUGUUGCUUUAAUUAAUUAAAGCAACAAAAUUAAUAAAUUUUGUUUAUUUUGCAGCAAGCAAAAUACAAGCAAGGCACAAGGCUUGUAAACAAAUGUAAACAAAUGAUAACCUAACAGUAACUGUUAUGCUUCUUGUAGUUGUUAGCUAAAAAGGCUAAUUUAGCUUAGUUUGCCCUGGGUUCAGCUUUGACAAAUAUGAUCGACUGUUUUUAGUAGAUUUCCAAAGUUGUCAUCUUGUACCCUCUCAGAGCCCCACAUGCUUGCAGAGACCCCUACAGUAGGGAAACAUGCAAAAGAAUGUCCAGACCAUUAUAUUUUAGCUUGAUUUAUGUCUUACACAGCAUCCCAACACUUUGGCUAACUUAAUAACUCUAGCUAAAGUGAAUAGUUAGUCUAAUUCACCAGUGCAGCAUUACUGGAUCACCCCUGUUUGAAAUGAUAUGAUAUAUGACUCUCAAUGUGUUUAAACAGACUGUUUUACAGCUGAUCAAAAGUUUAGGACCACACCUCCCAAAAACCCAGUAAACCCCCAGAAAUCAAAGUUCAAAACAGGAACUCAGUAAUGAGCAGCUCCACCGUUAUUGUAGAUCACUUCAAAAAUUUGUUGUGGCAUGCUUGAUGCAAACGUUUCCAUGAGACGAGUGGGAACAUUUCUCCAAGGGAUGAAGGACAUCUACUGUCUGGAACUGUGUUUUCCAUUUUUGUAAAUUUCCCUUGCCUUCCAUCCCCAAAGGUUCUCAGUUUGAUUUAGAUCAGGAGAACAUGCAGGAUGGUCCAAAAGAGUGAUGUUAUGCUCCUGAAAGAAGUCCCUUGUCCUGCAGCAUUGUGUAGUGUAGGGUUGUCCUGAUUAAAAACAGUGUGACUACCUGACAGGAAAUGACAAUGAAUCCACAUUUUUGCACAGAUUUGGCCUUUUAAAGACAUGUGAUCCUAAACGUUUUAUCAGCUGUAAUCCAACCUGUUUCAGUUUAAAUGUUGUUGUCAAUUAACUGCAUGCUCAAAAAAUGUUUUGUUUCACUCCCAUUUCUUCUUGUUGUUAAGAUCCAACCACGAAAAAUAUGCAUUUUUCAAUUGGUCUUAAACUUUUGAUCAGGACUGUAUCUGUAUUUCUACUGUCAAAUUCUUUCAUAUUUCAUAAAGACAUGACUUUCAGACAGUGUUAAUCUGCUUUUUUUGGCCUGCUACUUACACUGCACACUAUGCUGAGAAAGGUUACCAACAUGUUCUUAAGCCAUCUGAGAAAUAUCGUCUCUCCGGCAUGUUCUGGGUUUGUCCCAGGACCUCCUCCUGGUAUGACAUGACUCACCUAGGAUUCAGCUUAGUCAUUACUCGAAUCAACCUCAACUGAAACUCUGCCUAUGACUGCAACCCAGUCCACAAUGCACCAAACGACCCCUCCUGCAAGUGGUGGGCCUGCUGCAUUGCCAGUGCACAGAGGAUAUAUAUAAUGUCAAAUCUUGAUAUAAAUACCCAGUUAUCAUAUCUGUCAGAUAAAGGUGGUAGAGUAAGAGAGGCACUAUUUAUCUUUCAGAUGUGGCCAAUUUCAAUGAAUGAGUGGAAAACAGCUCUGACAGCCAUUCUGAAGCAGCUAGACAACCCACAGUACGACAAAAUGUUGGAAAUAGUGCAAAUCCCCAAACAGAGGAAGACUGCUAAGUUCAGAGAACAGCUGCCCAAAAAAAUCAUUGAGCACCACGGAGUGAAAAAAUCUAUUCGCAAAAUCAGAGAUGCAAUGGAUCAGAUUCCACGGAGGGAUCACGCAGUCCAGAACCUGCUGCUCCCCUUCGUUGAACAACUGAAGAAUGGACCAAAAACUGAGGGGAAGAAGAGGAAACACAGUGAAAGGGAUUCAAAUUCAGCAGACAAGAAGCUUGAAGUCGGUCAGCGGAAAAGCUUCCAGCGUGACAAGGUUGCGCUUGUUGAACCACUGGAGCCCAAAAGGAAGAAGACCGGUUCCAGCGAUCCAGCCCCAGAAGCAACUCCAGUUGCUGAAACUUCAAAGGUUCAGAGCGGACAGAUCCACAGCGGGAGAAUUGAAAUCAAAUCCGUCUCAGCCUUCAAUAAAAAAAUCGCUUGGGUUAAGGUGGAGGUGAAGGAGGAGCAGCAGUUCUGCGUGUCAACUCAAAAACUGGCAGAGAUCCUCGGCUAUGACAUGAAGGACGGGGUUGAAGACAGAAUCAGUCGUGCCAUGCCAAUCUCAGCCGAGGCUAAAAUGCAAAACAAUCGCAUUAUAGAUAUUCAAAAAGUUCAAAAGUUUUAAAAAUAACUUGUUUGUACAUGCUUCCUGUGUGAAACAAUAAAGCUGGUUUAAUUUGAAGUUUGAAGAAUAACCCCACAAACCAGAGGUGCCAUCACAUGACCAACCACAGACCGUAAUCCCAGCAGACAUGAUUCAGACAGAACCAGCUGCAGUCCAACUCCAAAAACAUGGUAUGGUUGGAGGCGGCUCCAGCUUCAGAAGUGCUCAGACGAGCACUGUCAGCUCCACGUACGUGCACUGGUUUUAUCAGACGAGCACCUUUAUGGCGUCUAUGUAAAUUAUACGUCAUUGUCAGGAACUUAAGCAGUUCAGCACAUGAUGGUCCUCUGGCUUUAAAAAGAAAUACGAGCCUGUGGAGGCAGCUUAGCUUAGCUCAGCAGCAUUAUCGAGGUGAGGGUAAAUGCUUACUUCCUGGGACUGUGGGGAGUCUUUGUGGUUUUGGGGGUUGUGGAAAGUCCAUGGUUGGUUAGAGGUACAACUUCCAGAAAUACUGCGCAGUUUACUAAUGAGGCUAGAGUUCUGGGCCUGUCACGCCCCGUCACUUUACUCAACACAGUGAAGUGUUAGCCUUCUAAAGUCCUGGUAGCUCCACACAUGACAUUCACCACCGCAGGUCCUCAAAACUGUGGUUUGAACCAGUGACCUCGACGCUCCUCAAACUUUGGGUUCUGCCGUUCAUCCGGAUGCAACUUUGACUUGAAGCACUCAAAACGCUGAUGACAGAAACCGAGUGUCCUGACACAGACCGAAUAAAGAACGAGUGGUGUGUCCUCCCACCGAGGAUGUCAGUCUGACACUCAUGAGUGAGAUG